CGCCCUCAGCGCGUGAUCCAAAUGAAAAGUCCGUGGGUGUGAAAAUUCACUGGACCAGUUCAUCAGUUCUCGCGCGACACGCGACCAGUGCGGACGUCCCCACGUUGCUCCUCGCCAAGUUUCCCGCGCGAAAGUUUUCACGUUAACCAAAAAGUGUCAAGAUAAUCUUACAAUAGUGUCAAAACAGUGUUUGUUUGUUCGUAAAUAAUUUGUGUUUAAUGAGUGUUUUACUUCAUGAAUGACAUUUCGAUUUAAAUACCACGAAAAAUGACAGCGACCUAACAAUAACCAAACCAAAGGACGACAAUGUGAAAUAAUGAAUUGAAACACACAUGAUUUCAACAGCCAACUUCACACACACACCGUCAAAUGUGAACACAAUACAUUACGAUUGCACGAACAUAACAUACAGUUACAAAAAUGCAACACAUAACUGCACUUACGAAUCUUCGGAGGAUUACGAACAAUCCGGCUUCGCGAAGACGAAUUUCUCGAAUGCGACAUUCGCGAUGUCGAACGAAAAUUUCACGGAUUAUGAGAUACCGUAUUACAUAAAAACGACAUCAAUGACUUUUUGUAUAGUGAUAAUGUGUUUGGGCGUGAUUGGGAAUGUGAUGGUACCAAUAGUGAUACUGAAGACGAAAGAUAUGAGGAACUCGACGAAUAUAUUUUUAGUGAACUUGAGUAUUGCUGAUCUAAUGGUGUUGCUUGUGUGUACGCCGACCGUGCUUGUGGAGGUCAACUCCAAACCUGAGACCUGGGUGCUUGGGAAGGAACUAUGUCUAGCAGUACCUUUCGUGGAGCUGACAGUGACUCAUGCAUCAGUGCUGACCAUCCUCGCGAUCAGCUUCGAGCGAUACUACGCGAUCUGCGAACCUCUGCGUGCCGGCUACGUCUGCACUAAGACUAGAGCAACACUAAUCUGCGCACUAGUCUGGUUCUUCGCGGCACUAUUCACCAGCCCAAUCCUGGCGAUAGCUGAGCACCACACCGUCACCCGCCACGACGGCUCCACGUACGCUCAAUGCCUCACUCAAGCUGUCACCUUCUGGCAAAUCACAUUCUUCAUCGCCAUCAUAAUCCUCCUCUACGUGCUACCUCUAAUCAUUCUCAUAGUAUUAUACAGCGUUAUAGCCAAAAAUUUAAUCACAGCAGCUUCUAAAGUUGUUAUGAAUAAAACUGUUGAUCCUUACAACACGAGAGCAAGGAAGCAAGUCAUAUUGAUGCUCGGUACUGUUGUGUUAUGUUUCUUUCUCUGUCUCAUGCCGUACAGAGCUCUCACUCUAUGGAUAAUCAUCGCACCAGCUGAGUUCUACGACGAUGUCAGUCCUGAGAAGUGGUACAACAUACUAUACUUCGCCAGAGUCAUGCUGUACAUAAAUUCUGCGAUUAAUCCUAUACUUUACAACUUGAUGUCUUCGAAAUUCCGCAUUGGAUUCUGCAAGGUCUGUUUGUGUUAUAAGAGAAAGUUAGAGGAUAAGACAAGACGAGCUCAGAGGACGAUCACGAACGGGUCCACAACGAGCAGUAGCCUGACUCGAACGACGAACAGUUUAAAGAAACUAUUCAGCCAAAGAAGUAGUAUUGAUCGAACUGACACCGAAUCGGAAAGUAAGGAAGAAGUAGAAAAAGGAGUGUUUGAUAGAAUAUUUACUAACAAAACGUUUGUGAGGCAGCAGUCAGCACCUGUUUGUUCAAGUACAAAGCCGGUGAUAAACAGGAUGAGGAGUGAAGGGAACAUAGAGAUAUCUGAAGUUAUUGACGUUGAACAUAAAAUUGAUAGGGAAGAUAGUGGGGGAUGUGACGUUGGCAAGUUUAUUGGUCAUUCCAAUAGUAAAAAUAUUAGGUCAGACAUUGAUAUAGAUCCGGGUCGCAGCCAAUCGCUGAGACGCAGUGUCUUAAUAAAAAGUGCCAAAGCUAGAAGCGUGGAUUGUGAAAAGAAAUCUGUGUCGUAUCAAAAGAUUACUGUUGAUUGUGUUGUUGCCUUUCAGAAGUCCAAAAGUGUUGAUUAUGAGUUCCCGGAAAGUUUUGUAUAGUUUUUUAUAUUUUUGUUUAUCACAGGGAUAGUGAAAUUGUAUUCGUUGUAGGUUUAGGCUUAUGAGAUAAUGUAUUCAAAACUUUAAUAGAAAAACAAUACAGACAUUGGUUGGCGCGGUGGCUGGGCAACUGGCUGCCGUUCAACGUGUAGCGGGUUCGAUUCCCGUGCGAAACAACACUGUGUGAAAACAGCACAGUGCUGAAAUAUCGGAAACUCACAGAAAUUAAUUAAACAUGGUAAAUAUCCCGUUUUAAGUUCUAAUGAUAUUACUAGUAACCAUGUCAGUUUAAAAACUUAUACCAACCUAAAAUGCUAUAUUUAUUUAAACAAAAAUUGAAAUAUUUUGUAAAGUGUGAUAAAAUUAGCAUAAAUUUUGAUGUAAGAAUAUUGUAAAGUAAACUUCACUCAUAAAACCUAAUAAACAUGUAAUAUGAGAGACACAGGUGCCCGUGAAGGAUAUUGAGACUUUAUUGUUAUUAGGCAUAAGGCUUAUUUUAGUAAAACGUAAGUAAUUGCACAUAUUACAUUUUACGCAUGUACAAAUUAUGUAAGUAGCCAAUUUGUAUAUUAUACUUUUUCCUUCUUAUUGUAUUUUUUGUUAUGUUAAUGAAACGAAACAAUACUUGGAAGCUAAAAUAAAGAGCUAUAAUAAAGAAAAAUACUAUUGAAAUCUAUUUUAUAAAGACGUAUUUCUUCCAAAGAAUUGCUUCGAUUCAGCCAAACUAUCCAAACAACAUUUGACAGUAUUAAACAACUCUUUUAUGAUUUGUUUCUUGUGUAUAAAUAAUAAGAU